GGUCUGGCCAGUAUACAAUGAACCAUGACCAUUCCAAGAAGACCCCCGAUGGAGCAUCAUUUGACCGCUCAGGAUCCCAGGACUCCUUGGAUGAACUGUCUAUGGAUGACUACUGGAAAGAACUUGAAAACAUCCAUGAAACCAGAGGAAAUAAUCAUGAGGACCGAGUAGCAAUUGUAGUGAAAGAGCCAGAUGAGGGAGAGCUGGAAGAAGAAUGGCUGAAGGAGGCAGGUCUGUCAAAUCUGUUUGGCGAGAGCUCUGGCGACUCCCAGGAAAGCGUGGUGUUUCUGUCCACACUGACUCGAACCCAGAAGGCAGCGGUAGAAAAGCGAGUAGAGACUGUCACACAAACCAUGAGGAAAAAAAACAAGCAGUACCAGAUUCCUGAUGUCAGGGAUAUCUUCCGGCUACAAAACGACUCAAAGGGAAAAGUCUACGAUGAAAAUGAACCCUCAACGGCGAAAACAAGUGAAAACAAAAAUGAAACACAAGAUGAAACAAAAGAUCCAAAGUUCAGUCUUGGAACAGAUGAUCAGAAGAGCCCACUUGAAGACAUGCAGUUUCCAGACACUGACAUCAAUUUGGAAAUAUCAUUUGCAGAACAGGCAGCUAAUCUCAAAGACAGCUCAGUGGGCAAAAUGUGCAAGGGUGGAGGAGGUGACACUCUUCUCCCGAAUUUCAGGCUGCCGAAGGACAAAACAGGUACCACAAAGAUUGGUGACCUGGCCCCUCAGGACAUGAAGAAAGUCUGUUCUUUAGCAUUGAUAGAAUUAACUGCUCUCUAUGAAAUACUUGGGACAGAAUUCAAGCAGCAAAAGGCUGUAAAAAUCAAAACCAAAGACUCUGGCUUGUUUGGUGUCCCACUGUCAGUUUUACUGGAACAGGAUCAGAAGAAGGUGCCAGGGACGAAGAUCCCCCUCAUUUUUCAAAAGCUGAUUGCCCAGAUAGAAGAGGCAACUCUGGAAACAGAAGGACUUCUUAGAAUACCAGGAGUUGCAGCGCGAAUAAAGAGUCUUUGCCAAGAACUGGAAGCAAAAUUUUAUGAAGGGACUUUCAACUGGGAAAAUGUAAAGCAACAUGAUGCAGCAAGUCUUUUGAAACUCUUCAUCCGUGAACUGCCUCAGCCACUCCUCACUGUAGAAUAUCUCAAAGCUUUCCAAGAUGUGCAGAAUCUUCCAACGAAGAAACAGCAACUGCAAGCUCUGAAUCUUUUGGUUCUCCUUCUACCUGAAGCAAAUAGAGACACUCUGAAGGUACUGCUUGAAUUUCUCCAAAGGGUAAUUGAUCAUCGAGACAAAAAUAAAAUGACGUUAAAGAAUGUUGCGAUGGUGAUGGCCCCAAACCUUUUCACAUUUCAUGGGCUUGGCUCAAAGACUAUUGAACAAAGCGAGUUUGUUAUGGCAGCUGGAACAGCAAAUGUCAUGCGCUUCCUGAUUCAGUACCAAAAACUUCUCUGGACAGUAAGUGUAUUCUUAAGGGGGGGCAGAAAUCAAAAAUUUCACAAACAAGGCAUCUGA